AUGCGUGGUGGGGCGAUAACCCCCCUCCGAGCAAGCUGCAGGCAGACACGUGAAGGUCGCUCCCGGCGGCGAGCUGUGUGCCCGGAGCCCGGCAUGGAGGCCUCGUCCCCCGCGGGCCUGGGCGCCACCGACCCGCAGCUGCAGCAUUUCAUCGAGGUGGAGACCCAGAAGCAGCGCUUCCAGCAGCUGGUGCAUCAGAUGACCGAGCUGUGCUGGGAGAAAUGCAUGGACAAGCCUGGGCCCAAGCUGGACAGUCGGGCAGAGACCUGUUUUGUGAACUGUGUUGAGCGCUUCAUAGAUACCAGUCAGUUUAUUCUGAACCGGUUGGAGCAGACACAGAAAUCCAAGUCAGCCUUCUCAGAGAGCCUGUCUGACUGAGCAGGGCAUGGACUUCUCUGUUCCCUUAAUAAAGAGAACUGCACAACAAAUGGGAGAGAGAGAGGAAAAGGAGAGCGGCUGAUGGGACAGCUAUAGAAGACAAGCUGUGGGGAAGUUGGCUCCUUCCUCUGUCAGAUUCUAGAGUGUCCUGUCAUCUGAAUGAGCUGAGAUCAGCUUUUUGUUUUGUCCUUUAAAAUGCCAAUUUUGUGAAAAUUACAGCUAGACAAGAGAGCCUGUAACAGAUGCACGUUUACUACUCUACUUGGCGGUGUACUGUUCUCAUUCCCACUGACUACCUUUCAUAUACUGGCUUCACUCUG